GGUUUCAAACUCUUGCAUGCAUUGCAUAGAUAAAAAUGUAGUUAAUAUCGCUUUACUCCCAUAUGUUUUUAUGAUUGUGUUCCCAUAUACAUUUCGUAAUGAAAAUGGACCUUGCAUGGAUGGGAUGACAACUACCAGUAAGGAAUUGAACUGGAGUUGUUACAAUCAAAACUACACACCUGGAACGAUUGAUUGGUCUCCUAUUAUUUGGGUGAAUCGAAGCUUGCCUUUAUGGGGAUUACAGGUUUCUGUGGCUUUAAUAAGUCUUUCUGAAACUCUGCUGUUGAGUUAUCUAAGCUAUAAGGGAAGUAUCUGGGAACAAAUUCUGAGAAUACCUUUUCUCCUGGAAAUAAUUAAUGCUGUCCCUUUCACCAUAACGAUUUUCUGCCCAGUCCUAAGAAAUCUGUUUAUUCCUGUAUUUUUAAAUUGUUGGCUGGCAAAGCAUGCUUUAGAGAAUAUGAUUAAUGAUCUUCACAGAGCCAUCCAACGCACACAGUCUGCAAUGUUUAACCAAGUCCUCAUUUUAAUAUCUACUUUACUAUGUCUUAUCUUUACUUGUAUUUGUGGAAUUCAGCAUCUGGAACGAGCAGGAAACAGGUUGACCCUCUUUGACUCCCUUUAUUUCUGCAUAGUGACAUUUUCCACUGUGGGCUUUGGGGACGUUACACCCAAGAUAUGGCCUUCGAAGCUGCUUGUUGUCAUUAUGAUCUGUGUUGCUCUUGUGGUGUUGCCCAUACAGUUCGAACAGCUGGCAUAUUUGUGGAUGGAGAGACAAAAGUCUGGUGGUAACUACAGUCGACACAGAGCUCAGACAGAAAAACACGUUGUGCUAUGUGUUAGCUCUCUGAAGAUUGACUUACUUAUGGAUUUCUUAAAUGAAUUCUAUGCUCACCCCAGAUUACAGGACUAUUAUGUCGUUAUUUUGUGUCCUGCUGAGAUGGAUGCUCAGGUCCGAAGGGUGUUACAAAUCCCAAUGUGGUCCCAAAGAGUUAUCUAUCUGCAAGGCUCAGCACUAAAAGAUCAAGACCUGUUGAGAGCUAAAAUGGAUGAUGCUGAAGCUUGUUUCAUUCUGAGUAGCCGCUGUGAGGUAGACCGGACUGCAGCUGAUCAUCAAACCAUUUUAAGAGCAUGGGCAGUUAAAGACUUUGCUCCAAAUUGUCCUUUGUAUGUCCAAAUACUGAAACCUGAGAAUAAAUUCCACAUCAAGUUUGCAGAUCAUGUUGUGUGUGAAGAAGAAUUCAAAUAUGCUAUGCUAGCUCUAAAUUGUAUAUGCCCAGCUACAUCUACAUUAAUCACACUGCUGGUUCAUACAUCUAGGGGACAGGAGAGUCUGCAAUCACCGGAACAAUGGCAGAAAUUGUAUGGCAGAUGUUCUGGUAAUGAAGUGUAUCAUAUUAACCUGGAAGAAAGUACUUUUUUUGCUGAGUAUGAGGGAAAAAGCUUCACAUAUGCUUCUUUCCACGCACAUAAAAAGUUUGGAGUCUGUCUGAUUGGUGUUAGAAAGGAAGAUAACAAAAACAUUUUGCUGAAUCCAGGUCCUCGAUAUAUCAUGAGUUCUACAGAUAUAUGUUUCUACAUACAUAUUGCCAAAGAAGAGAAUUCUGCUUUUAAGAAGCAAGAAAAGCAUAUUAAAAAUCAUGAAUCAAAUUAUUAUCCUGGAGCUUCUAGGUUACCUGUACACAGUGCAAUAGCCAGCAUGGGGACAGUGGCUAUCGAUUUACAAGAUACAGGAAGCCGAACAUCCAGUGGAGAUACGCUAGCUGUUCCUUCCGAGGGAGGUAAAGAGAGCAGACGGCCCAGUAUAGCACCUGUUUUGGAGGUUGGAGACUUGUCCUCACUUCAGACGUGUGAUCUGCUAAGUGACCAGUCAGAAGAUGAAACUACCCCUUGGGAUGAUGAAGCGACUGCAGGCUUAGAAUAUGCCAAAGGCUAUCCUCCUUACUCUCCAUAUAUUGGAAGUUCUCCCACAUUUUGUCAUCUUCUGCAUGAAAAAGUACCCUUCUGUUGCCUAAGACUAGAUAAGGGAUGCCAACAUAACUACUAUGAAGAUGCCAAAGCCUAUGGAUUCAAAAAUAAAUUGAUUAUAGUUGCAGCAGAAACUGCUGGAAAUGGCUUAUAUAACUUUAUUGUUCCACUCAGAGCUUAUUACCGACCAAAGAAGGAACUAAAUCCCAUUGUAUUACUCCUGGAUAACCCGCCAGAUAUGCAUUUUCUGGAUGCAAUCUGUUGGUUUCCAAUGGUUUACUACAUGGUGGGCUCUAUUGACAACCUAGAUGACUUACUAAGAUGUGGGGUCACCUUUGCAGCUAAUAUGGUGGUUGUGGACAAAGAAAGUACUAUGAGCGCUGAGGAAGACUACAUGGCGGAUGCUAAGACUAUUGUAAAUGUUCAAACACUCUUCAGGUAAGGCAUUUUUGAUAUCUCUAUACAUCCUCAUUAA